AUCGAUUUUGAGAAAGCAACAGAGAGCUUUGCUAUCGGGUGAAAAUAAACAUGUCAGCUGUUUUUAAUUUGAAUGAAGUGUUGAAUUUUACAGAAGCAAAACGACGUGAACUAGGGUAGACGAGAUUCAAAAUGGAGGAAUACAUGUCCACGCGCUAAUAUUCGAAUUGACGCCAUUGGUACCAAACUUUUCAAGUUCCAUAGAAAUGUGAAUGAAAAGCGGUUCCGUAUCUCUGCCAUUACUGUACACCUUUAAAGUUUCCUUUGAAAGUUAUUGUAUGCAAAAAUGGUCAAAAGAAAAGGAAAUCCUCAGAGAGCAUCAGAGGAGAAACGGAAAUGUUUGACAUGGAGCAUGGACACUCCCGGUGCAACAGAUCAGGGAGGAUCCAUGUCAGUUAUAAAUGAUGAUGACCCAUGCCUCUUGCAUGAAAUACAGCAUUCUGAGUCUAACUCCACAAAACAAAGACAAAGGAAGGAACCAGAUCAACAUAUGUGGCUAUUUUCACAAGACUUGAUGCAUGAUAUGUUUAAUACAAUCUUGGAAGAAUGUGUAAUGUACAUACCAAUUCAAAGCACAAGAAAAUUUAGGGGGGAAUCUUUUGAAGUUGGGACCUUUAAAAUGCAAAUCAUCAAUGAGAGCUUCACGCCACCUGUCCCCUCACUGCUACCAGAGUGCAUGGAGUAUUGGCUGUACAUUCAUAAAAAUCAAGGACAGGACCUGGAAAAUAAAUGUUAUAAUAUGCUGUACUUUGAAACCUGUGAAGCAGAUGAAAAUGAACCAAAGGAGAAAUGUCAGAGAGUAUUUUGGUGUGCUAAAUUGGAUUUACCUUUACAGGUGCUACAGUCAUUGAGUGAGUGCAAGUUUUUCCAGUGUGUUGGUAACUAUGACAACACAGAGGGUGUCCUACAUGUGACGGUGUAUGGGUGGGAGAUGUUACUGAGCAAACCACCAUUCGCCAGUGAACCUGUCAAAUCAAGAAUCAAAUCCACAGCUCUUCAAAAUAUUAUUGGAUAUUUCUUUGAUUUGAAAACCCCAGACUAUUCCCACCUUCCCUGUGUAAAGAGUCAUGACAUAGAACAUUUGUAUGCUGUGGUGAAGGAGAGGCAUGAUCAAACCGAGUUGGAAGUGACAGUGAACAUACAGCACGAGUGGCUGAGACCUGUCCUCAGACCAUACCAAAUCAGGGGAGUGAAGUGGAUGCUGCAGAAGGAACGUUAUGGUCAUCAGAAUGAGAGGAAAAGUAAAGAUGAAUCUAUUCUCCAUCCACUCUAUAGUGAGAUUAAAACCAAGGACAGCCAUACAUUGUACUAUAACAUUCUCGGAGGAAGCCUGUUGAGAGAACGGCCUCUUGCUGUUACAGCGCCCCCUGGUGGGCUCCUAGCAGAUGAAAUGGGCCUGGGUAAAACAGUGGAGGUAUUGUCAUGCAUCAUCCUACACCCACGACAGAACCUGGAUCCACCUCAGAGAAUCCUCACAUUGUCAGAAUAUCAGGAACUUGACGGGUUAGAGUGUGUAAGUUUGGAGUUCAAUUUGGAGGGAGUAAGAAUGGUAAAAACUGACACACUGAAUACUGAUGAAAGCCUGCAAAGUUGUGAACAAUCCAGUGCAAGCCCAAGCGAGGACAAAGAUUCCAGUCAGAUGACUAUACCAGACAUUAGUCAUUCUGAAUCUGUGGACAAUCUCUUGAAUGACUCGGGGAGAAAUUCUUUGGUAGUCUCUGGAAUGAAUGAAGUCAGUAUUGACUGUGACCGUAAGCAUCUAAAUGACUGCAUUGAUCUUAUUUCCAAAGGAACAGAUCUUUGCGACAGUAGUGAAAAUAAAAAUUGUGACAAAGAUUGUUCUGUUGAGAUAGAGAAGAUUGAAUCAGAGCUUGUGAGUGGUGCUGAUUUGUGUGCCGAGGAAAAUGGAGAGUCUGGAACUGGACAUUUGGCAGACAGUAAUUCUGUGAAAAGUUCUGAUGAUGCUCAAGAAAAUGGUUGUGAAUAUAAAGAUGAUGAAAGCCUUCCACCUGAAACUGAAUUAAAAAAUGUUGAAGAAACAACAACACUGAACCAUUCAUACAUGUAUGUGGGAAAAUCUCAAUCUCCUAACCACAACGAUGAACAAGAUCCACCCCAGACUGAACAAGUUCCACCUCAGAAUGAACAAACUCUAAGUACAAAAAGGUCAAAAAAGUCCAAAAGGUCCAAAUCAAAACGAUGGCGGGAAGCCAAGGAUAAACCAAUUAAAGUCAAGACAGCAGGGAGAAAAAAGAGUGUGAACAAGUUUGUAGAAGUAAUUCCUGAGGACAGAUACCAACAUAAGAACAUAUUUGAUCACACUGAAUCAGUGGCACCCAAAAACUUCUUUGAGUGUAUCUGUGGUAUGGGAGAUGAUUCACGGGAGACCAUUCACAAGAAGCAGACGCUGCACAGAGUUCAGUGUGUGAAAUGUGGCCUGCGUCAACACGCAGAAUGUGUGAGUUAUGACCUCCAGGAUCCCUACAGGGGGCAGUUCAAAUGUCCCCACUGCCAUGUGUUGUCGGAACCAAUUAAAUCUGGGGCCACGUUAAUUAUAUCCCCGGCAGCCAUUAGUCACCAGUGGAUGGAGGAAAUCCAGAAGCACAUUAAUAGGGAGUCCUCCCUUAAAGUUUUUGUAUAUAAUGGUGUUAACAAACAGAAGUUUGUCCAACCAAUGACGUUAGCCAGUCAGGAUAUUGUAAUCACAUCAUAUGAAACGCUGCGCAGUGAAAUCAACUACGUGGACCUGCCCCAUAGUAACAGUGAGAGUGGAAGAAAGUUUAGGCAUCCCAAGCGGUUCAUGGCCAUUCCAAGUCCCAUUACUGCCGUGGAAUGGUGGAGGAUUUGUCUUGAUGAAGCUCAGAUGGUAGAGUGCACAACAACAAAGACAGCUGAAAUGGCCCUGCGACUGAGUGCUGUCAACAGAUGGUGUGUAACAGGAACUCCGAUUCAGAAAAGUAUCGAAGAUUUGUAUGGCUUGCUGUUGUUCUUAGGAGUGGAUCCAUACUGGGUAAAGCAGUGGUGGACAAAGCUUCUGUACGAACCCUUCUGUUAUGGGAAGGAGGAAGCCAUGAUUGAUCUUGUUUCCAAGGUGAUGUGGCGGACAGCCAAACACAAUGUUCUUGACCAGAUUAACAUUCCUCAGCAGACAGAGCAUGUUCAUUGGUUGACAUUUUCCCCAGUCGAGGACCACUUCUACAGAAGACAAUACACCAUCAGUCUUCAGGACUCUGUGAAGAAACUAGAUAAAUGGAGAGACCCCACUGUAAAGCUGAGUAGUUUAGACAGAGCUACCACAAAUCAGCUGCUGGGUCCCCUGCUGAGACUUCGACAGGCUUGUUGUCACCCCCAGGCCGUCAAAGGGGAGUUCCUUCCCCUCCAUCUUAGAAGGAGUGCCAUGACAAUGGAGGAAUUGUUGGAGUCCUUAACCAAGAAAACGCGGACGGAAUGUGAGGAGAGUCAUAGGUUGCUGAUCGCUGCCUUCAAUGGUCUGGCUGGCUGGUACAUCAUUAACGAACAGUUUGUGGAUGCUGUAGAGAUGUACAGGGAAGUACUAAGGUCAGUGGAGGAACACAAAGAUCGUCUCCGUACCGACGACCUCCAACAGCUUCAUGCCAUGUAUAACCUGGACGAGAUCCUCCAGUCCAAACCUGAGGGGAUCCACCCGACCCUCAGGGACGGUCAACUCAAGGAACAGAUGGAGGAGCUGAAAGUGAAAUACCUGACAAAAUCCAGGGCUGUGGUUCACUCUGUAAAGGACCAGCUGGCCCCUGUCACACAGAGUCUGCAGGAUCUGCAGAGGGAGUUUAGGGAUGGUCAGGAAUGGUGGCUGGAGGUGAUCCAGUUAGCAGCCCAGAGAGACAUUGAUGACCGUCUGAUUGUCCAUGUGAAAAAUGACAUUAGUAAUCAACAGACUAGUAUUCUGUCGGUUUCCAUGGCUGGGGCGUUUCAUAAUGUAUAUGGCUUGGAGUUGGUGAUGCAGCAAAGAAUGAUGGCCCUGGAAUCUGCAUAUGAGAAACUGAGGCAGGCCCUGAAGAAGGUCACAGGGGAACCUUCUCAGGAUCUUAUCAAUGAGACAGUGGAGUGUUGUCUCAGGCCUGUGGAGGAGGUUAAAAAUAGUUGUUCGUUCUGUAAAAUCCAUCUCCUGUUUGAAGAUUAUGAAGCAAAGCUGUUUUCAUUUCAAGAAAGAGCCUUUGCUGUUGCUGAGGACACCACGGAAGUCACCUCAGGAUCUCGCCGACAGGGAACAUGGGCAGACAGUGAGAUGGAGAAAGCACUCAAAAGUAUACUCAGCUUUGCCAGGAGUCACUCAAUUGACAGGGAUCUCGUUCACUGUGGACAGACACAUAUUGAAAUUAUGGACAAACUCAAAAAAGAAUUCAAGCUACUGAGAGUACUGUGGAUCGAGAGUAAGGCCCACGUCUCAUCAUUUGAUGAACUGAGCAUGGCUACCACCAGACUGAGGCUACGAUUACCAGAUGAACCAAAACCAGACAACACACAGCUGAACAUUCUGGAACCAAAUGAGCUGGACCACCACAAGUUGAAGUUGUUGUCAGACAGAACAAUCAGUCAAAAUGAAUUGAGGAAGAAACUGGGACAACUACUUUAUCUACAGAACCUGGCUAAGGCACAAUUUGGUAUAGAGAAUGGUGAAAAUCCCGAGCUGUGUCCUAUUUGUCAAAAGGAACUUGGGAAAGAGUGGUGUGUUCUGCUCUGUGGCCACUCCUACUGCCUGGACUGCAUACGUAUUCUGUGUGAACAGUACAGCUUCGGGGGUCGUAAUCGCGUGGUUAAAUGUGCUGUCUGUCGUGAGAAGACCUACCACAGUGACAUAUCUUACGUCAGUACCGUCAAGUCCGACAACGAUAAAGAGGAGAUGAAAGUACAGGGUGGAGGUUCUGACUCCAGGGUGGAGCCAAACUUGGGAAGCCACUCUACCAAGGUUGUAGGCAUUGUGCAUUGUCUGAAGCAGAUAAAGAGGGAUGACCCUGGGGCCAAAGUUCUGCUCUUCUCCUCAUGGAUGGAUAUAUUGAACAUCCUCGUACAGGCAUUGGAGGAAAAUGAAAUAUCAUUCAAAACUCUUUAUUCUGGAAGUAAAUUUCAGCCUUUUUAUUUUCAGAAAAAUUUGGCUGCCUUUAAGUCAGAUGAAGCCAUCACAGUUUUGCUUCUUCCAAUUCAUUCUGGAGCAAAUGGUCUGAACCUGAUAGAGGCUACAUACGUAUUACUGGUGGAACCAGUUCUGAAUCCGGCUCAGGAGCUGCAAGCCAUUGGACGAGUACACCGUAUAGGCCAAACCAGACCAACCCAAGUCCACAGAUUUAUCAUUCGUGGUACAAUAGAGGAAAAGAUGUACCGAAUGUUGAAAUCGGCCGAGGCCACUGCCUCCAGUCAUGUCACAGAAGAAAACUGUCUGACAGUGGGGGAUCUUACUUCUCUCCUGAAAGAGGAGCGGGAGGAAGAGCAAGGAGGAAGUUCGCAAGACAUAUGAUAUUGUGUGAAACCUUUUUAUCCAAAAUGAAAAAAAAAAAGAAAAGGAAAGGAGAUUUUCAUCUAGAUUAUUUGAUUUUCUUGUGUACUAAUAUUCAUUCAAAAGAGAAAUUCAUUCUGUAUUCAGAACAAACUGCAAAUUUUGUGAGAUUCUUUGACUGUGAAACAUUAUGUGAUAUGGAUUUUACCAAGAAAUUUAUCUUUAUUCAGUCUAGUUGCACAUUGUACAAGCACUUAUUCUGUCACAGUACAAUCAGUAGUUUUAGUAGUGAUGCAGCAGCUACUGUUUUUGUUUACUAGUAGAUUUUUAUGUUCUUGAGAUUGUAUGAUUCUUUACAUAUUGAGUUUGGUAUGUCUGUCUUUCUGACUGUCUCCCUGUGUUAAUAUCCACAACUGUAACUUUAUCUUUUCAACAAGGUACUUCAUACUUUGUAAGAAUUUAAGGUUAAGUUCAACACUUUUUAUAGUAACUGAUAUAGGUCAAGAUCAUUCAUUGAGGUCAAGUUUAAAUUAAUCAUAACUGACCGUAGUCAUGCUGAGGACAUUGUGUUUUAAAAACAUAUCCUGUUAUAGUGGAACUGAAUAAAACUUGCUUAAUUUUGUAAAACAAUUUCCUCAACAUUAUAGAUUCAUUUCAGAACAACUAAGUACUAUUACAUGUAUAUGCAUUUUUUAUUUUUUGGCGGAGUUUGUGCACCUACUGUGAUUUGUAGUGCAAUAUUUUGUUAGAAAGUAUGAUAAACAAUAAACAAUUGUAAAUUUA